AUGAGACAUGGAGAGGAUGAGGACACCGGCCCCGGCGCGUGGGACGCCCAGGAAGCGGGGCAGACGGAGCUGAGGCUGCUGCUCGUCGGCAAGAGCGGGAGCGGGAGGAGCGCGACGGGCAACACCAUCCUGGGGCGGCCGGCGUUCGAGUCGCGGCUGUCGGCGCGGCAGCCGGUGACGCGGCGGGGCGCGAGCGCGAGCGCCGUGCGCCGCGGCAGGCGGCUCGUGGUCACCGACACGCCGGCCGUCUUCGGCGCGCCGCGCUCCGGCCGCGCCUGGCACCGCGAGCUCGCCCGCUGCCUGCUGCUCUCGGCGCCGGGACCGCACGUGCUGCUGCUGGUGACCCAGCUGGGCCGCUACACCGAGGAGGACCAGGCUGCCGCCGAGGACAUCUGGAGCGUCUUUGGACACGCGGCCAAGGGCCACACCAUCGUGCUCUUCACACGCAAGGAGGACUUGGGGGACGGGUCCUUGCGUGAGUACGUGACGGGCACGGAAAACGCGGCUCUCCAGAGACUGAUCGCGGGCUGCGGGAACCGGUACUGCGCGUUCAACAACCGGGCGGCCGGGGCAGAGCGCGCCGCGCAGGUCGCGGAGCUGCUCGCGCUCGCCCAGAGCGUGCUGACGGCCAACGGAAACGCCCACUACACCAACGAGCUCUACCACGAGGCCAGCGCCCUCAGCAGCAGGCACGAGGGGGAUGUGGAGGAGCAAUGCAGCGUGCUCGCGGAGCGAGUGGAGCGGGCGCUGCGCGGGCGGGACGGCGCGUGGAGGGCAGCGUGCAGCUUCGUGGCGCGCGUUGGGCGCUGCCUCCUUGGAGUCAUCGUGUGCAUGGCGCACUGUGCCCGCCGGGGGCUCGCCCGGGCAUGGGGGCACGUUGUGUGGCUGUAUCGCCGCUUCCUCGGCUAG